AUGGAGGCUGGCAAUGGCACAGAGGAGACCCCGCUGCCCCUGGUGCUGAGCAGGUUCCAGCUCUCCGAGGAGUACGGCUUCCUUCUUCCCUGUCCUCUGGCAGAGCUGCCAGCACCCUAUGGCCCCUGGAUGGAGAUCGCCCACAACCUGCCUCAGCUCAUCGCCAGCCAUCGGCUCCGCUCACGAGUUCACCAGAUGCCACAGCUGAGCACCCAGCACCUGCAAGGACGUGAGGAGCUGCACUUGGCACAUCUGGUGCUCAGCUUCAUCACAAUGGGCUACCUCUGGCAGGAGGGCGAGGAGGGCACUGUGAAGGUCCUGCCCCGAAAUCUUGCUGUCCCCUUCUGGGAGGUGUCACAGGCCCUCGGCCUCCCCCCCAUCCUCAGCCAUGCGGACUUUGUGUUGGCCAACUGGAGGAGGAAGAACCCCAACGGGCCUCUGGAAAUUGAGAACCUGGAUACCAUCAUCUCACUUCCCGGCGGACAGAGCCUGCGAGGCUUCAUCCUGGUCACCCUCCUGGUGGAGAAGGCGGCUGUUCCUGGGAUUAAGGCCAUCGUUCAGGCCAUUCAUGCCAUCCUGCAGCUGGAUGAGGAGACCCUGCACAAAGCCCUGCAGGAGCUGGCAGAGGCCAUCGGGGACAUGGGCAAGGCUUUGCAGCGGAUGCACGACUAUGUGGACCCAGCAGUAUUUUACGCUGUGAUCCGGAUUUUUCUCUCUGGCUGGAAGGACAACCCUGCAAUGCCAGAUGGGCUCAUCUACGAAGGUGUGUGUGAGCAGCCCAUGGCCUUCUCGGGAGGCAGCGCGGCGCAGAGCACCAUCCUGCACGCUUUUGACGAGCUCCUGGGGAUCCGUCACAGCCAGGAGAGCACUGCGUUCCUGCACAGGAUGAGGGACUACAUGCCCCCACCCCACAGAGCCUUUGUGGAGGAGAUCCACCGUGCCCCCUCCCUGAAGCAGCACGUGCUCUCCUCCGGAGAUGCGCGGCUCUGUGCCGCUUUCAACCGGUGCGUCUCGGCACUGGCAGACUUCAGGUCCCUCCACAUCACCAUCGUCACCAAGUACAUCAGUGUUGCAGCAGCCAAGGCCAAGGCCGAGCGAGCAGAGCCAGGCAACAGGGCUGGCCCUUCCACAGGGAAGCCUCCAUCUGCACUGGAAGCCAAAGGGACUGGAGGGUCCCACAUCUUCAGCUUCCUGAAGAGUGUCAGGGACACCACCAGGGAGGGGAUGAUAAGUGCCUGACUUGCCCCGAGGAUGCACAAAGCUCUGCAGGAGGCCAAAGGGCUCCGGUGUGUGUCUGCAGGCCCACGAGCCACAAUCUCACCUCAGUGACAGUCACCCAAGCCCUCCUUUCAGCAGCACCCUUCCUGCUGCCCAUCUGGGACCCGGGGAACACACUAUGGGCCAUCGAGGGAGGAGAGCAGUGCUGCUGAUAGCCCCGCAAGGCACGCAGUGAAUGCAGCAUCCUUCCAUGGUACCAGGAUGGGCACAGCAUCCUUCCACAGCACUGAGAUCAGCACAGCAUCCUUCCACAGCACUGGGAAGAGCCAUGUCUGUCCAAGCCAUGCUUGCUGCAUCCCACCGGGCUCCCUCCCCGCGACACCCCGGGCUCGGGGCUGCCGGCGGGGCCGGGCACGCCUGGGAUGACCCGGUCCAAUAAAGCAGCGAUUCCCAAACCCA